AUCAAAAUGAAGUCCUUCGCUGCUGUAUCUGCCACGAUCCUGGCCAUCGCCGCCUCCGCCAGUGCUGAACUCGGUUUCGCACUUGGGCCUCUUACUGUCCAAACCCUCACGGAGUCCAAGACUGCCCGCACCGACUUCUCCGUUAGGGACCUGGACUAUGGCGGCAGCACCACCUGCUCAACCGCCUGGGUCAUCGGCGAGCUCGACAAGCCCUCCCUCUGGUACAAGUGCAGCGACACAAGCUUCCAGUUUCGAUUCCCUGCCGGCAUUGCCAACUUCGAGAGCUACAACCUCCAGAUCAGCCGCACCACCGAGGCCGGGACUGUCAUUGGCGAAGCGAACCUGAACUCCCACGGAGUCGACCCUGCUUAUGUCUGCCAGUCUCCUGGCGAGACUCCUGGCACUGACACCGAGUGCAAGGUUGUUCGUGGUGGCGUUGUUGCGUCGCCGAUUUAGUUUGGUCUACACAUGUAGUACUAAGUAAGCUGUACAGGGAAAAUUGUUAAGCAUAUUCUAG